AUGUCUUAUUACCUGAGCAAGCCUAUGCCGAAGUUCUACUAUGACGAAAUCAAAAAAACCUGGCUCUACGGAGAAUGCGGGAUCGAACAGGAGCAACGCCCACUCGAAAAAGUCUACAGCCGUGCUGACUUCAUCAUUCGAUACGUCAAAAACGGUCAGCCAAAGAAAGUUGUUCUAAUGGAGAACGAGCGAAGAGGAUACGAGACCCAGUCUUCUUGGUGGGCCGAGGCAGUCAGGCAACUUACAGACUACCUGAAACUUGUCCGCGCUGAACAGGAUUGGAAUGAUACACUUUAUGCUGCUGUUACUAUUGGAACCUACGUUCGCUUCUACUACCUCGAGCCAAAGGAACAGACUUUGACCGACUACACAACCGUUCGCACUGGAGACUACUACGAACUUAAGAAGGACGAAGCCGAAGUUCAUAAGGUUCUGAAUGAAUGGGUUGAGAAAACAAGCCACUAG